GUCGGAACACGUCCGUGGCGCAGGACGGAGGGAGUCAAGACGAAGAACCGCUUGGAGUUCGAAGCUGUAAACGCAUUGACGCAGACCUCGGUAUAGUUCGCGUGACACGCUACCGCCAGAAAAAAGUUAAAACGCGUGCGUUUUUCAGUCCGUAUUGUGUGUCGCGUGUGUUUACCAGCUGCGUAUCAAGUCGGAAAGAACAAAAACUGAGUGUGCCGCUUUGGUGGAUUCUGAGUGCUUGAAAAGUGUUUAAUCGAGUGUUGUCGCGGAUUCACCAGGUGCUUUGGCUUUUUGGAUAAGCUUCGUACACACGGAGAAAAGGGGCGCAGUAUGUGCCCGGCGCUGGGCUUGGCGCCGCACCCCAAAACAGGACCUUCAACUUUGAAUACGUACCACCGUCUUAUCCACCGAGCAGAGCCGACAGAUACAGGGGUGGUCCUGAUAUACAAAAAAGAAUGACUCAAAGGGAAGACGCGCUUAAAUUUGAGCAGGGCCGUAUCAAGGCCCUGCAAGAGGAACGUCUCCAUAUACAAAAGAAGACGUUCACGAAAUGGAUCAACUCGUUCCUCUUGAAGGCACGUAUGGAAGUGGACGACUUAUUCACGGAUUUAGCAGACGGCAAGAAGCUUUUGAAAUUAUUGGAAAUCAUUUCUGGCGAACGAUUGGCCAAACCUAACAAUGGGCGGAUGCGAGUGCACAAAAUCGAGAACGUGAACAAAUCGUUGGCGUUUCUUCACACGAAGGUUCGCUUGGAGAGUAUAGGAGCAGAGGAUAUCGUGGAUGGGAAUCCGAGAUUGAUACUCGGUUUGAUAUGGACGAUCAUUCUGAGGUUCCAAAUUCAAGAGAUCGAGAUCGACGUGGACGAAGAGAAUGACAGCAGCGAGAAGAAAUCAGCCAAAGAUGCUCUGUUACUCUGGUGUCAGAGGAAGACCAAUGGGUAUCCUAGCGUUAACAUCCAAGAUUUCACCGGAUCCUGGAGGAGCGGUCUUGGCUUCAAUGCCCUUAUUCAUGCCCACAGACCAGACUUGGUCAAUUGGUCGGAACUGCAACAGAAUAAAAACAUUGACAAUCUUAAUUAUGCCUUUGACGUGGCUAAUUCCGAACUUGGGAUACCGCGAUUGUUGGACGCGGAAGACGUGGAUACAGCUCGGCCAGACGAGAAAUCCAUCAUCACCUACGUCGCUUCUUAUUACCACACCUUUGCCAGGAUGAAAAACGAGAUCAAGAGUGGCAAGCGUAUCGCCAACAUUGUCGGACAAAUGAUGGACGCUGACAAGAUGAAGAUCCAUUACGAAAAGCUUACAACGGAUUUGUUGGAAUGGAUCAAGAUGAAAAUAGAGGUUCUGGAGAACAGGAAUUUUCCCAACUCUCUGGAGGGCAUUCAACGAGAAUUGUUAGCUUUCAAACAAUACAGAACGGUGGAGAAGCCGCCAAAGUACAAAGAGCGUUCCGAAAUAGAAGCUUUGUACUUUCACAUAAACACCCAAUUGAAAUCUUUAAAUCAGCCGGCGUUUACGCCUCAGGAGGGCCAAUUGGUGCACGAUAUCGAAAGAAAUUGGGUGGAACUGGAACGAGCCGAGCAUCGCAGGGAAGUCGCUCUGAGAACUGAAUUACUCCGGCAAGAAAGGCUAGAACAAUUGAACUACAAAUUCGAAAGAAAGAGCGUUCUGAGGGAAGGCUACUUGAAAGAAAUGAUCCAGGUGUUAACAGAUCCAAGAUACGGUAGCAAUUUGGCUCAGGUGGAUGCAACGGUGAAGAAACACGAAGCCAUCAGCGCUGAUAUUUUAGCGCGAGAAGAACGUUUCCACGAUCUGACAAACAUGUCGGAGGAGCUUGUCAGAGAGAACUAUCACGGCCUGGAAAGGGUACGAGUCAGGGAACAGGAAGUGUUGCAGAGGUGGAAAGAGCUUCUUGCCCUGCUGGACCAUCACAAGUCCAACUUGGUUGCUCUUAGUUUCCUCAUGAGUCUAAUGCGAGAGAUCGACACGACUUUGGCCUCGAUUCAAGAGUUGCAGCUGAAUUUCCAGAGCACCGACGUUGGUCCGCAUUUGUUGGGAGUCGAGGAUUUGUUGCAGAAGCACAGCUUGCAGGAGCUGCAGGUAACCGCUCUCGGGGAGACACAGAGGAGACUCGGUAGACAAGCUGCUCAGCACUUGGCUCAGCCUCAGAGCAAAGAAGUGCCUCUUCUGCAACAGAAAUUGGAAAUGUUGAACCGCGCGUACGACGAUUUGGUGGAAUACAGUAAGGAACGUAAAGCUCGUCUCGAGGAUGCCAGGAACUUCUUUCAUUUUCUGCAAGAUCACGAGGACGAGGAGUCCUGGCUGAUCGAGAAACAACGGAUCUGCAAAGCUGGGAUAUCCGCGAAGGAUUUACGAGCAGUCAUCUCGUUGCAGCAGAAGCACAAGGCUCUGCAAGACGAGAUGAAGGUACGAAGGCCAAAGUCCGAACAGCUUUGCGAUGCCGGACGGAAAUUGAUCGCCGACAAUCAUCCGUCCUCCUUGGAGAUACAGAAUCGCAUUGAUUCGUUGCAAGAACACUGGAAGGUGUUGGAAGAGUUGGCGGCCCUCAGGAAGAAGCAAUUAGAUGAUGCGGCAGAAGCUUUUCAAUUCUAUGCGGACGCUAACGAAGCGGACUCGUGGAUGAACGAGAAGAUGGCACUUGUAGCUUCCGAAGACUACGGCGUAGACGAACCUAGCGCACAAGCACUUUUGCAGAGGCAUAAAGAUCUCGAAGGAGAGCUGAAUGCCUACAAAGGUGACGUGCAAUCGUUGAACAUGCAAGCGGAGAAGCUUAUCAAGUCCGGGAUUUCAACUCUUGAGUUGUCUGCUGAUCCAGAACCGGUUGCCGAGUUGGAACAAGAAGAAUGGAGUAAAGAGAUAAGAUUGGUUCCACAGGACGAAUGGGUGGACGAAGUCGUGGAAAGAUUGGAACCCAAAAUGGUCCUCGAGGACCGACUGGUACCCCAAGUGAAAAGUUUAUAUCCGUUUAACGGUCAGGGUAUGCACAUGGUUAAAGGUGAGAUAAUGUUCUUGUUGAACAAGACAAAUCCAGACUGGUGGAGCGUUAGAAAGGUGGAUGGUGCCGAUGGUUUUGUCCCGGCGAAUUAUGUACGUGAAAUUGAGCCUAAAGUGAUACAGGUUCAAGUCAGGAGACCAGAAAAGGUGAGAGUAACGCAAAGAGUGAAGAAGACGAAGAUGGUGAAGCAGUUAGUUCCUGUUAGAAGAGUGAAGUCUAUCAAGUCAACGGUGAAACCGAUCAAGAGGAAAACUGCCUCCGACGGGGACAGUGUGGAGAAACGACAGAAAAAGAUUAACGAUACUUACAGCGAGCUUCAGGAAUUGGCAUUGAAGCGACACGCGUUGUUGGAAGAUGCCAUCCGACUUUAUGGCUUCUAUCGCGAAUGCGACGACUUCGAGAAAUGGAUCAAGGACAAGGAAAAGAUGUUGAGAGCCGACGAGGUAACGUUGAAGCGAGACAACGUCGAGACCGCGAAGAGGAAGUACGAGAAAUUCCUCACGGAUCUAUCAGCCUCGGGAAAACGGGUCGAAGCUAUCGAUGCUGCAGUCGAUGAAUUCGUCAGACAAGGUCACAGUCAGCUGGACAAAGUGAAGGCUAGACAAAGGCACAUCCAUCAACUUUGGGACCAUUUAAAUUGGUUGAAAGCGCAGAAAGAAAAGAGCCUGGAAGGAGCUUCGAGCGUGGAACUAUUCAAUAGGACUUGCGACGAAGCUCAUGAUUGGAUGUUAGAAAAAAUCACCCAAUUAGACACCGCAGAAUUAGGACCUGAUUUGAAAACGGUUCAAGCUUUGCAGCGACGACAUCAACACUUGGAGAGGGAGUUGGCACCGGUCGAAGAAAAAGUACGUAAAGUGAAUCUAUUAGCCAACAGUGUGAAGAGUUCCUACCCUCACGAACUAAAUAACGUAAACGCAAGACAAAACGAAAUUAAAGAGCUUUGGAAUCAAGUCCAAACGAAGGCUAAAGAGCGCAGGUCCAGAUUGGAAGACGCGGUAGGCCAACAAAUCUUCAUGAACAGCUCGAAGAACUUGAUCAAUUGGGCUGCCGAUGUGCAAGAAACAAUGAAGGUUGAAGAACCUGUUAGGGAUGUUGCAACCGCAGAGCAACUCAGAAAACAGCACAUGGAACUCGGAGAAGAUGUACGAACGCGAGAAGACGAGUUUCGUGAAGUCGAAGAGCUUGGAAAUCAAUUAUUACACCGUAAUUCAGCUUUGGUAGAUGUCAGCGAGCGUUUGGAUAAGUUGCGCGGUUUGUACCAAGCUGUGACAUCAGACUGGAACGCGAAAGAAGCUUGGCUUCAACAGUGUCUAGAGUUACAACAAUUUAAUCGCGAGGCUGAUCAAAUCGAAGCCACGACUAGUUCCCACGAGGCGUUCCUAGACUUCACCGAUCUAGGAGAAUCUCUGGACGACGUUGAAGCUUUGCUGAAACAGCACGAGAAGUUUGAGAAUACACUUCACGCGCAGGACGAUCGGUUGAAAGCGUUCAGCGACACUGCUGAUAAACUGAUCGCUCAGAAUCAUUACGACAAGGACUACAUUAACGAAAGAAGGAAUCAAGUUCUGGCAAGACGAAUGGCGGUCAAAGACGCUGCCCAGCGACGACGAGCUGCUCUGAAAGCAUCGGAACACUAUCAACAAUUUUCAGCCGAGGUGGAUGAUCUUCGCGAUUGGUUGGGCGACAAAAUGAAAACCGCGUCCGAUGAGAGUUAUCGCGAUUUAAACAAUCUCGAGCGAAAGCUUCAGAAGCACGAAGCGUUUGAAAGAGAACUGAGAGCCAAUGAGGGACAAUUGAGAGCAGUGAACAAGGCUGGCAAAGCUUUAAUAUCCGAAGAGAAUUAUAGAUCAGACGACGUGGGGAAAACACUGAAGGAAUUGAACGAUCAGUGGGAUAGAUUGGUGGCUUUGUCUCUGGAGAAAGGUCGAAGAUUGAGACAAGCUGCCUCCCAACAUGGUUACAAUCGUACCAUGGAGGAUGCCAGGUUAAAAUUGGAAGAAAUUGAAAACUGUUUGCAGAGCAAGCAAGUCGGAAUAGAUCUUCGAAGUUGCAAAGAGUUGUUGAAGAAACAUCAAACGUUGGAAAGCGACAUGUGUCAGUGGGAACAGAAAGUGGACGAUCUUGUUGCCAUGGGUGAGGAAAUGGCUCACGAAGGACAUUUUGAUGCUGCUAAUAUAUUGAAAGCUAGCCAAGCGACUCAAAGAAAAUUCCGUAGCUUAAAGGAACCAGCUAAGAGAAGACGAGAAGCUUUAGAAGAAAGCUUACGUUUCCACAAAUUCGGUUUUGAGUUGGACGCUGAGUUACAGUGGAUAAAAGAUCAUCUUCCUCAAGCGUCUUCGACGAACCUUGGGCAAAAUUUGCACCAAGCUCAGACCUUGCAUAAGAAGCACAAGAAACUCGAGGCUGAGAUUGCGGGACAUCAACCCAUGAUAGAUAAAACUUUAGCUUCUGGACAGACUUUGAUCGAUCAGGCUCAUCCAGAAAAGAAGAAGAUACGAGAACUGUGUGAUGUACUUGACGAAGCGUGGAGGGACCUGCAAGAAAAAGCCGCAGAGCGAAGCAAGACUUUAGAUUUAUCUCUGAAAGCGCAAGAAUUCUUCUUCGAGGCAGGAGAAGUUGAAAGCUGGUUGAACGAAAAGAACGACGUUCUUAGUUCCACUGAUUAUGGCAGAGAUCGCGAUGCUGCAACGAAAUUGUUAACAAAGCACAAGGCGGUCGAACUAGAGUUGGAUACUUAUAACGGUAUUAUAACGGAGAUGGGACAUACAGCAUCUACAAUGAUUAAUGCUAAACACCCUGAUAGCAAAGCAAUAGCGAACAAGCAACAAGCAAUUGCUCAGCAAAUGCGUGCUUUGCAAAGAUUAGCCACAGUAAGGCAGCAACGUUUGAUGGAGAGUAUGUAUCGCCAUGAAUACUUCUUAGAAAGUAGAGAAUUAGAGCAAUGGAUCAAGGAACAGGAACAGGCAGCUGCCUCCGAAGACUAUGGUCAAGAUUACGAACACUUACUGAUAUUGCAAGCUAAAUUCAAUGAUUUUAAGCAUAGAAUAGAGGCUGGCUCAGAACGAUUCAACCAAUGCGAAGAGUUGGCUAGAAAACUGAUCGCUAAUGAGAGCCCUUAUAUUCAAGAUAUCGAGAAACGACAGGAACAAUUAGGACCAGAGGAUGAUGACCCUGUAAGUCAGGUGCAGAGACAGCAUGCCGCAAUGGAAGAAUCCUGGCAACAUCUUCUUGGCCUCAUUCGAAAUCGCGAGCAGAGGUUGCAAGCUGCGGGAGAAAUCCACAGAUUCCAUCGAGACGUUGCGGAGGCUUUAUCUCGUAUACAAGAAAAAGAAGCAGCCUUACCGGAAGAUCUGGGACGCGAUUUGAAUUCCGUCCUGGCGUUAAUUAGACGUCACGAAGGUUUCGAAAACGAUCUAGUCGCGUUGGAAGCGCAGCUUCAAGUUCUCGUUGAAGAUGCGUCCAGAUUGCAAGCACACUAUCCGGGUAAUAACGCGGUGCAUAUCGAUCAACAGCAACAAAUCGUAGUCGCUCACUGGGAAGAACUGAAGGAAAGAUCAGCGCAUAGACGGGAUCAGUUGCAAGCAAGCUGCGAUCUGCAACGAUUUUUGACUCAAGUCAGAGACCUGAUGAAUUGGGCGGCUGGUCUUCGUGCCACGAUGUCAACGGAGGAUAAAGUGAGGGAUGCUGCGAGCGCGCAAAUUUUGAAGGCAGAGCACGAAGCUCUGAAAGGAGAGAUCGAAGCAAGAGAGGACAGCUUCAGUUCAGUUCUUGAUUUAGGUGAAGCCAUGGUUCAAACUGGUCAUUACGCUGCCGUAGAAGUAGAAGAGAAGUGCAAUCAGUUGCUCGAUGAAAGGCAAAAGUUGCACACUGCCUGGCAGCAGAAGAAGAUUCAUCUGGAUCAACUGAUAGACUUGCACUUCUUCCUGCGAGAUGCCAAGCAAUUAGACAAUUUGUCGUCCACUCAGGAAGCCGCAUUAAGCGGCGACAACUUUGGAGACUCGGUCGAGGAGGUGGAUGCCCAAGUGAAGAAACACAACGAGUUUGAAAAAUUGCUCGUAACGCAAGAGGAGAAGUUAACAGCCCUGCAAGAACACGGGGAUAAGCUUCUUGCGCAGAAUCACUUCGACUCACCCACGAUUGCAAGAAGACUGAGCGAAGUUGUGCAAAGACGAGCGAGAAUUCGCAGCUUGUGCGACGUGCGAAGAAAGAGAUUGGAAGCUGGUUUAUUGCAUGCGCAGUUCGUCAGAGAUGUGGCAGAAGCAGAGUCCUGGAUCGGUGAGAAACAAAAGAAACUCGAGGCUGAGGCGUCGAAAGGAGAAGUGUCCAGUUUGGAAGACAAGAUCAAGAAAUUACAGAAACAUCAAGCGUUCCAGGCAGAACUGGCUGCGAAUCAAAGCAGAAUCGAGGAAAUCAAAGCCAAAGGAGAGACACUGCUUGCACAGAAACAUCCGGCGAGCAAUGAAAUCCGACAACAGCUGGAACAUCUGCAUGCAUCCUGGAGGAAACUUCUAUUGGAAUCUGGCAACCGUGGUAGAGGUUUGGAAGAAGCACAGGAUAUUCUAGAAUUCAACAAUCAAGUAGAAAAAAUCGAGGCGUGGAUACGGGACAAAGAAAUGAUGGUCCAAGCAGGGGACACUGGAAAAGACUACGAGCACUGUUUGAGUCUCCAAAGAAAACUCGACGAUGUAGAUAGCGACAUGAGAGUCGAUGACUCUAGGAUAAAGACGAUCAACGCAUUGGCAGAUAAAUUAAUUAAACAAGGCAGGGACAACGAAGCUAAGGCUAUCCAACAACGUCGUGAUAAUUUCAACAAUAAAUGGAAAGGUCUCCAAGGAGCAUUGAGCGCCUAUAGAGAAACAUUAGCUGGAGCAUUGGAGAUUCACCUGUUCAACAGGGACAUAGACGAUACCAGUCAGAGAGUUAUCGAAAAAUCAGUCGCCAUGAACACCACGGACGUAGGUAAGGACUUGCCUGCUGUUGAACAUCUACAGAGGAAACAAGAGGCGAUGGAGAGAGACAUGACGGCCAUAGAAGGAAAGCUAAAGGAGCACAAAGCAGAGGCUCGAGAAUUGUCGCAGAAGUACCCAGACAAGGCACCGCAAAUCAACGGAAUAUUGUCAGAAUUGCAAUCGAAUUGGGACGAUCUUCAGCGUCUCACUCAGCACCGUCGCGAAGCUUUGAAUCAAGCUUACACCUUGCACAAAUUCCAAGCUGACCUGCACGAGCUGGAACUUUGGGUGGCGGAUACGAUUAAACGCAUGGACGAGUCUGAACCACCGACGACCAUAUCCGAGGCCGAAGCCCUGCUGGAGCUUCAUCAAGAGAGGAAGGCAGAGAUCGAUGGCAGACAGGACACGUUUAAAGCCUUGAAAGACCACGGUCAGAAGCUUCUCGCUAUCAACGAGGACGUGAAGGAUGAUUUAGAACACUUGGAGGAGAUCAGGCAGGAUUUAAUCAACGCCUGGGAAACGAGGAGACAAAAAUUGACCCAGGCUCAUCAGCUGCAGUUAUUCAAAGAGCAAGCUGAUCAAGCUGACAGUUGGUUGGCGACGAAAGAAGCCUUCCUUAACAACGACGACCUUGGCGAAUCUUUGUCCGGCGUCGAAGCACUGCUACGCAAGCACGAGGAGUUUGAAAAAAUGUUGGUCUCGCAGUUGGGUCGUAUCGAGGAGUUAGAGAAAUUCGCGAACGAGAUCUUAUCAGGAGAACACGCGGACGCGAGUAUCAUAAGGCAACGAUUAGCCUCGGUUUGCGCUAGAAGAGACAGACUGCAGAAUAGCGCGAGAGCUAGAAGGAAGAAGCUGCUGGAGAGCCAUCAUCUUCAUCAAUUCCUUCGAAACAUAUACGAGGUAGAAGGCUGGCUGCAUCAGAAGCAGCAGGUAGCCAGCGACGAGAACUACAGAGACUCGUCGAAUUUGCAGAGCAAGAUUCAAAAGCACGCAGCUUUUGAGAGCGAAUUAAUGGCUAACAAAGGAAGAGUGGCAGCGGUGAUCAACGAAGGAGAAGCUCUGAUCGAAGAGAACCAUUAUGCUGCUGACAGUAUACAGGAACGUUUGGAGGAACUGGAGGCAGAAUGGCGAUUGUUACAAGAAACCAGCGAGCUGAAGAAGAACAGACUGAACGACGCCUAUCAAGCUCUGCUCUUCGGACGUACUUUGGACGAAUUCGAGACCUGGAUGGACGAGGUAGAAACACAAUUACAGUCGGAGGACCACGGAAAAGACUUGUCCAGUGUGGCCAAUUUGUUGAAGAGGCACACGAAUUUGGAGAACGAUGUCCUGGGUCACAACGAAGCUUGCGAAUCUAUCAAGGAAACAGCGACCAGUUUCCAGAGGUCCAAUCACUUCAUGUGCGACGAAAUACAGGACAGAGCCAUGGUCACCAUAAACAGAUACCACAGUCUACAGGAACCGAUGCAGAUACGAAGAGACAAUUUAGAGGAUGCAAAAUUGUUGCAACAGUUUGCGAGAGACGUCGAAGACGAGCUACAUUGGCUAUCAGAGAAGGAACCUUUAGCUGCCAGUAACGACCUAGGUAGUUCCUUGACCACUGUGCAAAGAUUGCAGAAGAAACACCAAGCUCUGGAAGCAGAAUUAAUCUCGAGGGAGCCUGUGGUGGCUUCUCUGGUCAGUAGAGCCACAAUGAUGGUUAGAAGCGGGCACUUUGCAUCGGAGAAGAUCGAGAAAUUAUCACAGGAAUUGCAAGAGAAACUGGCGCAUCUCAGGGACGUGGCUAGCGUCCGCAAAUUGCGUUUACUCGACGCCGUUGAGUCGCAGAUGUUCUACGCCGAGGCUGCCGAGUCGGAACAGUGGAUAAAGGAGAAACAUCCGCAGUUAACUUCCACGGACUACGGUAAAGACGAAGAUUCUGUGCAAUCUUUGUUGAAGAAACUGGAGGAAAUCGAACGGGAUCUUCUCGGUUUCGAGAAGAACAUUGAAAACUUGAGGAAACUUUCGCAGGGUUUGACAGAGAGGCAUCAUUUCGACAGCAAGAAUAUCACGCAGAAGCAGACGGAGAUCGAGCAGAAGUUUAAGGAACUACAGAAACUGAAGGAUUAUCGAUUCCAGCGACUUCGUGAAAGCGAGAAAUUCUUUAAAUUCAUCAGACAAGCGGACGAAGUGAUCGAAUGGAUCGGUGAUCAGACGACUGUCGCUGCCUCGGAGGACUAUGGUCGCGACGUGGAACACGUAGAGCUUCUCAUUCAGAUAUUCGAUAACUUCUUAGCUAGUUUGACGACGAGCGAAGGACGAGUAUCCGCUGUAUUGGACAAUGGACAGAAGUUGAUCGAAGAAAACAAUCCAGAGAAGGGUAAAAUAUUAAUGAAGAUCGAGGAGACGAAGCAGCAGUGGGAUGAUCUUAAGGAACUUGCUCAUGCGCGACAAGACGCAUUGGCAGGAGCAAAACAGGUGCACAUGUUCGAUAGAACCGCGGAUGAGACUAUUUCAUGGAUCCAGGAAAAGGAAGCUGCUCUCAGUUCCGAUGGUUAUGGACACGAUUUGGAAACCAUUCAGGCUCUGGUGAGGAAGCAUCAAGGAUUUGAAACUGACUUGGGUGCUGUGAAAGAGCAGGUCGAAUCGUUAAAGGAAGAAGCUUCGAGAUUGAUAGAGUUAUUCCCAGAUGCUCGUAUACACAUUGACGUGAAACACCAGGAAGCUGAGGCAGCUUGGAACGAGUUGCUGGAGAAAGCAGCUCAAAGGAGGAGCAAACUGGCGCAGGCAGAACAAUUGCAAUCGUACUUGGGCGAAUACAGAGAUUUGAUGUCUUGGAUAAACGAGAUGGUGGCCAAGGUAACCGCUCCGGAUUUGGCUCGUGACGUGCCUGGUGCUGAAGCGUUAAUAUCGAGGCACGGCGAGUACAAAGCGGAGAUCGAGACGCGUAACGAGGCGUUCGAGAAGUUUUAUAAAACUGGCCAGGAGUUGAUAGAACAGGGCCACUUUUUGGGAAAGGAAAUCGAGGAUAAGAUAUCCGCGUUACAGCACAGGCAACAGUUUCUGAAGGACACUUGGGAGCAGAGAAGACAUAUUUAUGAACAAAACUUGGAUACCCAAUUGUUCAAACGAGAAGCCGAGACUUUGGAGAACUGGAUCGUCAGCAGAGAGCCCAUGUUGCACGAUGGAAAAUUGGGCGACAGUAUUCCUCAGGUAGAGGAACUGAUAAGGAAGCACGAAGACUUUGAGAAGACCAUCGAAGCACAAGAAGAAAGAUUCAACGCUCUUCAACGUAUCACCAUGUUGGAAGAAGCCUUCCGAAAGCAACAAGAAGCAGAAAUGGCAGCGAGACAGGCGGAGAAGGAGAGAGUAGAACGUGCUCGUCUCGAAGAACGUAAACGUAAGGAAGUUCAGAGGAUAACCGAAGAGAGGAAACGCGAAGAGGAACGAAGACGAUUGAUGGAUAGUCCUCAUCGAAGCAUGCACGAUGAAGUGAAUGGUACGUCGGACGAACACGAAUCCAUCAAUAAAUUAUCACCCUUGAAGACUUCGAACGUGCCGGAGAACUUAGAUUCGACUCCGAUUCAAAAAUCACACAGCGGCAUAUCGCACGUGUUUGGUGAAAAAUUAAGAAGAACCACUCCUGACAUUAAGAGAGCCGAAAGCAUGAAAGUGGACACGAAGAAACCGAAGAGGACGCCCAGCUUCACUACCAGAAGAAGAACUCAGAGCUUUAGAAAGCUUCAAAGGAUGGAGAAUAUGGACGCCUUGCCACCAGUCGAGAUUCAAGGAUUAUUGGAAAGAAAGCACGAGCUUCAAAGUGCUGGCAAAAAGGCAGCGGUACGUUCCUGGAAACAAUAUUACACGGUACUCUGUGGGCAACUUUUGUGUUUCUUCAAAGACAUGGAGGACUUUUCAUUGAGCAAAGCAGCCACUGCUCCUAUUACUAUUUUCAACGCCAUAUGCGAGAAAGCGGACGAUUACACGAAGAAGAAGAACGUGUUUAGGCUGAAAUGUACAGACGGAUCAGAAUUUCUAUUCCUAGCUCCAAAUCAACAAGAGAUGGAGGACUGGGUCAACAAGAUAUCAUUCCACGCUAAAUUACCACCUAGCCUCCAGCUGUUAAGCUACGACGAAUCGCAGAAGGAAGGUCUACAGAGAUUACAAAAUGUCUCCAUAGAACAUGGUGACGAUAAUGUUUCGACCGGCAGUAGCCACACCUCGACCCCUGAAAUGGAACGAAAAAAUUCAGUAAUCAGACGUGACUUAUCGAAUCAACAUUCUCCUAGCAGCGUGCAGAUCGAGUUUCUUCAAAUGCACAGGCAAAAUCAACAGAAACGCGAUCCACAGAAUAAUACAGAGUUCAUAGGUUCGCAGAGGAACGAACCGCCUCAAACGCAGACAGAGUUUCUGCAAAUGCAUAGACAGCAACAAUUGUUGGCGCAACAGCAACAAUUGAUCCAACAAGAACAAUUGGCGAGUCAGAGAGAUCAGUAUCAAGCGAAUUCUGGAGACAAACCACCGAUACCCCCGAGAGGAGCUCCACCUCCUAUUCCAAUGAGGUCGCCAAGCUCGGAAGCUCUACCCCAAUACAGACGCGAUGACACAGAACACGUGCAAGGGAGGGCCGUUUAUCAGCAACGUAGUGCUACGUUGAACCAUAACGGAUCUGGCCAGUAUUCAUCAAAUGCAACUUGGCAUAGACAAAGUAGCGUAGAUCUCAGUACACAACAUCAAGAGUUAGCACCCCCUUUGCCAUCAAGCGCCCCUCCACCAAACAGAAUGGCUCAGUGGAGUGCUCCUCAUGAUCCUGCAUAUGGAAAUGUUCCCAUAAAUAUUAGACAGGGUAUGCAGCAAAAUAAUUCGUUCACGGGUAGACCAGUUUCUUUGCCACCAUAUGUGGCACCCCCGGCGGUUCCACAGAACGCUCAAAAUAUUACAGUCGUAGACGGUAGGAGAGCUAGCGAAAGUGGAUCAGAAAGUGAACACAGCGUGGGUAACAAUCGUAAGGAUCGCGAUUAUAAAAGGAGUUCUGUUUUGAGCAACUUAUUUGGUAGACGUAAGAAACCAUCUCAGUCGUAACCCAAUUGAGAAUGAAGUAAAAAGGCGUGCAGAUUUUCAUGGAACAAUGUGGUAAACACUAUGUAAAGUUCCUUUGAAAAUGUUAGGAAGAACAUGUGCAUGUGCUAUCCUUGCUGCAUAGUAUGUUAACAACUCGUGUAAAUUUAUUUAUGUACUAUACAAGUUUUAUUCGAAUAGAUAUAUACUUUAUAUUGUUCACGUUGUUUAAUGACGUGAAAUGGGUUGAGUUGACCAUGUAAAAGAGAACUUCAUGGCAUAAUUGAUUAUUUUUUCAGUUCUUUUUACAGCUAUACAAUUACUUUUAUCCAGAAAAUUAUGAAUUUUUAUUUUACAGUAUAAUAAUGAUUUUUACAAAGUUCUGUGAUACAUGAUCAACUCAAAUAUUAACAAAUACACCUGAUGUGUCAGGAAUUAAAAAAGCAUUAUUAAAAAAUUGUUAAAGAAUGCAACAUAUGGAUUUUAUAGUGACAAAAAUUAAAAAAUGAAUUAUAUACCGUGAAAAUGAAUCCGAUGUUACUAUGAUCGUUAAAUUGUUUCAUAAAUCUCUUUAAAUGCACCGUAAAGCUACAAAGGAAAGAAUUAUGUUAGAACUUAUACCUUACACGCGAUGGUCGUUAAUGAAUUUAUUUAAAGUGUACCUGACUUUACGAGAAAUGUUGAAAUGUAUGAAAAAGAACAUGCGUAUACAUGAAUCGUAUACGGUUUAAGUUGUAGAUGUCAUAAUAUAUGUUGCAAAUAUUAUAUAUUUGAGAACAUCUAUUCGGGACCAAUGACCCUAUAAUGUAUUAAAGUAUCAGCAAUAUGUACACAUAUUUUUCAAGAUUUAAAUAUUAUAUCAUUUCUUCUUUUUCUUUUUUGUUUUUUUUUUUACAACAAAGUAAUAUUACAAUGUGUAAAGUGUAUUUAAUACAUAAAGAAUAAUAAUGUAUUAUGUAGCCUUGUCGGUACUACUCCGUAGUUAAGCAGAUCGACAACCUUUUUCUCGCGUUAAGGUGUCGACAACUGAGAAUUGAAGAAAGCGAAAUAAAUGUAAUGAACCCGA